CGUGAUCUUCAAAUGCCUGAGACACUUUCUGACGACGUACAUUAUGAAAGGAGAAUGUUCUGAAGUGGCUCAAAAUAAGUUGAAUUCUUGAACGAAUUUUAUUUGAACUUUAGUCAAUAUGGCUAGCCAACGGACGGUGCGUUAUGAGUACCAAGUUGAACACGGCAAAGCUAAAAUGGACCCGAAACGAAUUGAGAUUCUCACUCAUUCUGUCGAGAAAGCACUCGAACCACUUGUUCAGCAAGUGACCACGCUGGUUAACCGUUACAAAUCUUUACGUAAGUCUGGCAAGAGCAAAACUGCCCAUCAGUUGGUACAAGAAAUAAAUGUCGCUAUAGAUCGGUUGAUUCAUGUUGGUCAUGAUAUUGCUAAAAAUUCUCCCGAUAUUGCUGAUGAAAUGUUGCAAACAUGUCAUGAUACCAAGAAAGCUGGUGAGGUAAUGAGCAUUGAUGCAAAGACUUUCGCAAAUGAUCCUCAUUCCAAUGAGAAACGUAACAACAUGAUCAAAUCAGCAAGAGCAUUACUCACUGCGGUGACACGAUUAUUAUGCAUUGCUGAUAUGGCGGAUGUCUACCGUCUGCUUGCUGCUCUCAAAGUGGUCGAAGAGAAGUUGGAAGAAUUUGAAAGAGUUAAAGACCCACAUGAAUUGAUUGCCACAUUCGAAAGUCUUGGUGUUGAUUUAAUGAGUCUAGCAAAGCUAUCUGGUGCCAGACAAGCUGAUCUGAAAGACCCUCGACGAAAAGAAGACAUUGCUUCUGCCAGAGUCGUGCUGAAAGAUGCCACCAAAAUGCUUCUCUCUUCAUCAAGGGUAUAUGUACAACAUCCAGAUGUUCAAUCAGCAAGAUUCAACAGGGACUAUGUUUUGAAACAGAUGGGUGAAGCACUUCAAACUAUCUCUGUUUCAGCUCAGGCGACGGGAAAAAGUGAACCCAGUCCCCUUGAGGCACCUGGAGCUUUGGCUGGAGCUUUGGAUAACUUUGAUGCGAGUCUUGUCAUGGACCCGGCCGCCUUUCUCGAAAGACGAACUCAAUUGAGAAUUGAAGAACAAACUGAAAGGAUUUUAUCCGGAGCGCGAAGAUUAUCCGACUUACCAACGACACGUCCAACAACGAAGGAAAGGUUACUCGAAGAAUGCGUCAAAGUUCACACGGCCCUACAAGAACUUGUUUCUAUAUACAUACAUUAUGCCGAGACAAAACAGACACCGACACCGAACGAUGAACUUAAUGAGUCCAUUGAUAGCAUGGCCGACAAAACUCAAGAUCUACGACGUCAGAUGCGUGUUGCCGUGGCUGAUCAUAUCUCGGAUACCUUUCUCGACACUCUUGUACCGCUGAUGUUGCUUGUUGACGCUGCCAAAGAUGGUAAUCAACGUGGGGUCGAGGAAUGCGCCAUUGUGUUCAGCGAAGGAGCUGCGAAACUGGAAGAGGUCGCCAAUCUCGCUUGCUCUGUGUCUAAUAAUGCUGAGGGAGUUAAACUUGUUCGAGUGAUCACCAAGAAAAUUCACAAUUUAUGUCCACAGGUGAUAAAUGCAGCCCGCACGUUGGCAGCCCGUCCACGUAGUCGCACGGCACGCGCCAAUAUCGACACAUUCAAAGCGACUUGGGAAAGUCAAGUUCAUCUUCUGGUUGAAGCUGUGGAUGAGAUCACGGAGAUUGACGAAUUUCUAACUGUUUCAGAAAAUCAUAUUGGAGAGGACGUUGAAUCCUGUAUCAAGGCGACAAAGGAGAGAGAUGUGGAGACACUGGAUAGGACUGCUGGUCUCAUUCGUGGGCGCACGGAGCGCGUUGCUGCAGUGGUAUUGGCUGAAAUGGAAAAUUUCGAGCAAGGACCGUAUACUGAAAAUGUACAGAAGACUGUGAAAUCACUCGAGGAAGACAUUAUUCCAAGAUUUUCCGAAGUCGUCGAUUCAACUGUGGAAACUUUGAACCGAAAUCCUCGCGAGAAAAUUGACGAGGAAGCUGUUGUUCAGGCAUCGCAACUCGUUUACGAUGCAAUAAGAGAUGUGAGAAAAGCAGUUAACGUGAAAACGAAACGUUACAUUAGCGGGUUGGAAACGAAUAUCGAUCCAAUUUACACGGCCCAGGUUCAACAAGAAUUGACUGUCGCUAAAGAAGAGGCCGCCUAUGAACAAAUACAAGCUGCAGGUAAAGUUCAUUACGACAUCCGGGCAUCUGGUGGCGAUGACGUAGGUGGUAUGGGUGUGGCAUCUAUCAAGGUGAAUGGAGUAGAGUAUUGUCACAAGCGAGUUGGACAUAACGUGGUCGUGUUGGAUCCCGCGGGAGAAUUUGUGGCGUCGGAAAAUUUCGACACAACAGCGCCAGAAGGUGGCGUUGCCAUGGGAAAAUUUUUGGAUGAAUUGCCCGAAGACCAUAUUGUAUUGGUUGCUACCCAGGAAACUACUGGUCCUGGGGUCGAGUACGCUGCUCCCGCCCUUGGAAGACUCGGAGCUCAAGGGCCAUUUGAUUCCGGUUACCGAUCAUCUUGGGCGUUUGCUGGAUACACGGGACCUGAGCAGAAACCAUGGAUACACGAGGAGAGUCGACCUGCAGGGCAAGGACCAACGUUGGUGUCGAAUCUCAUGUUCACACCGGCUCAUGAACAGGGUAAAAUCAAGAUAGUUCUUCGUGGCGAAGGCUCCGACGACCCUAACAAGUUAGGCUACUGUAGCAUAAAAGUAAACGGUGUAGAAAGAAGUAUGAAACACCGAGGUCAUAACGUUGUCGUCCUCGACGACAGUGGAAACUUCGUCACAUCGAAAUGUUUCGAUACCGGUGAUGCAUCAAAGAACGAAGGUGUUGAAAUGCAACGUUUUCUCGAUGGUUUACCGAACGAAAGGAUUGUACUCAUUGCUACACAAGAUACUAAAGGUGUUAGUGUUAAUGAAGCAAAGGAUUCGCUUGGUCGUAUCGGUGCUACUGGUAAUGUAAAUCCUGGACCAGGUGGCUCUUGGGUAUUUAUGGGAUACACGGGACCAGAUGCAGUAGAUUGGGUCACACAGGAAUCGAAGCCUCGAUACGAAGGACCCUCGGUAUUAUCCGACUUUGUUUCUUUACCCGCUGCCGUGAAAGCAGUCGAGGAAGAACCAGUUCGUCCGCCUUCGCUUGUCGCCGUCGACGGUUUCGAACUCGCAGCCGAACCCGAACCUGAACCUGAAAAUGAUAGCGAUGAUGAAGAAACUGGAACGAGUUUCGCGGAAAUGAGUGACAGGGCAAAAAUGAGAGCGAUGCCCGCCGAAGAUAAGGCGAAAAUUGAACAACUGUCAACCGAGCUGCGCUCAGAGAAAUCGAGGUUCGAAAAUAUGUUGUCACAGUGGGAUGAAUCUGGCAACGAGAUUGUUGUUUUGGCUAAGAAGAUGUGUGUGAUGAUGAUGGAUAUGUCGGACUUUACAAGAGGUACUGGAACAUUAAAGACAACCAUGGACGUUAUAACUGCGGCAAAGCGUAUUGCAAAAGCUGGCGAAAGAAUAAAUCAAUUAUCAACAGAAGUUGCUGAAAAGUGUCCUCAUUCUCAAUCGAAGAACGAUCUUCUCGCAUACAUUCAACGCGUCUCUCUUUUUUCACAUCAACUCACCAUCACCAGUCGAGUGAAAGCUGAUAUCCAGACAAUCAGUGGCGUUGAAGUUGUGUCAGCGUUGGAAAGUGCAACUUCUCUUAUAACAGCUGCGAAAAACUUGAUGAAUGCUGUUAUACUAACAGUCAAAGCUUCUUAUGUCGCUUCUACAAAGUUUCGAGGUUCCAACAGAUCAGUGGUCAACUGGACGAUGAAAGCGCCCAACAUGAAACCGCUGGUCACUCAAAGGAGUUUCGCAGACGAUGACUCAUCACCUCGUAGGUUAACCAAGUCGACAAGAUAUAGUGAAGUAAAUCCACUAGUCGCUCUCGAUCAAUUCGACACAUCUCGACCAAUGAAAAGAACGGAUUUCUAGAAACUAUUGAUUUUAUUGGUAAAUAAUAACUUAUAUAUGGUAUCGUAUUGACAGGUAUGUGUGGGUAAUUCAAGGCUGCGAUAGAUGCACUUUGAUUGUAUGAAAUUUUAGGUAACUUUUAAUGACGAUUGAUGAUGGCGGUGGUCCUGAGGGCUCGCCAUCAUUCAACUCACCUUAUUUUGUGUCAAGACUUGCUUGCAGCUAAUCAUAUAGCUGCAGUGUAGGAGUUCUUGUCUGUAAAAUGAACCUUAGCACGAUGUAUUACAGAGGCUGACAGGCUGAUAUUAUUUAACUUACCUGGAUAGACGAAGCGUUCUAUCCUUUGUUUAAAAAAACACGUAUUUUACUUGUAACGAUGUCUUGAAUUUUCAAAUAAAAAAAUCCGAAAUAUUUUUAUCCAAAUGUAAUUUGGAUA